AUGGAAACCGUGGAAGAAACUCCAACGAAGAAUAUAGAGGAGCGGUGUCAAGAUUACAAACAGAUGAUACUCAAGAACCUCGCACAAAUACAAAGAAGUAGCCAUGACCUUGCAAAUGGAUACAGAGACUUCCACAAGAUAAAACGUGACGUCUAUAACGUUGAAUGUAAUGACUGCAGACGUAAAUCAUCCAAAAUCUUGAAUCUACCACUGAAUUUAUUUUCUGAUGUAGGAUGUCAGACAGAUUAUCAGUAUACGGUAUCACAGUUAUCUGAGGGCAGUUUACAGUUUCUUAAUCAAAUGAUGAACAUCCUGGGGGAGAAUGACAGAAACAAACAUGCACAAUCUCGGUGUGAUGAUUAUGCAGUCCCGUCAGAGGAUAAUACACAAACCGUCGGGGAGAGUGAGACGGAUGAAGGAAGAAACCUUGUUAGCCAGAAUAAAUCACUCCAAACGACAGAAAUGGAUUUCCAAUCUGUCAGCAAGGAAAACCUCGAAGAACAAGAAAAAGGUCAGAUCGAGAAAGCCACAGACGCCCAUGAUAGUGUGCGGACCACAAGUCCUCAUUCAUUCGAAGUAGUAACUCUCGACAAACAUGACGAAGAGCAAGAUUUUGAUCUCACCAAGAAGGCCGAAAUCGUAUUUGAGCAGGGACUAGAGAAAACGUCAGAAAGCGAGGGACUGAUAUCAAACGAAACAGUACAAGGAAAUAUCGAAACUCGUCACAUGGAGCAAGAUACUGGUCCAUUCAAGACAGAGACAGCCCUUUCUGAACAGAUCAAAUUGCUCCAAACGGAAAGAAAUGAAUUGAAAAUAAAACUUCAAAUUGAACAAGAAAGAAACGAAACGUUACAAACAGCUCUUGGAAGUCAUGAUAGUGAACAUAAAUCUGCGGAAUCUCCAGAAUGUCCACUCGACUCCGGUAAAGAGUGUAUGCUAAGAGAGAAAAACUGCGACCGAGAUGACGUGGAGGAGCUUAAAGCGAAGCUGACUAAGGCAACGGUUGAAUUAGAGAACUUAGAGAGAGAAAAAACAAAGCUGAAAGAAGACCAAAGUACACGUGAUGAGGAGAUGCAGACCUUGAAAGAAGCAAACAGAGAACUGGUUGCAAACAUGAAAAGCAUUCACCUAGACAAACAUAAUAUUCUAAAGGAACUGGACAAAGUAAAAGCAGAAAUGGCGCAGAAAGAAUCAGAAUUGAAAGAGUCAUUAGAAGAGAAAAGUACACGUGAUGAGGAGAUGCAGACCUUGAAAGAAGCAAACAGAGAACUGGUUGCAAACAUGAAAAGCAUUCACCUAGACAAACAUAAUAUUCUAAAGGAACUGGACAAAGUAAAAGCAGAAAUGGCGCAGAAAGAAUCAGAAUUGAAAGAGUCAUUAGAAGAGAAAAGUACACGUGAUGAGGAGAUGCAGACCUUGAAAGAAGCAAACAGAGAACUGGUUGCAAACAUGAAAAGCAUUCACCUAGACAAACAUAAUAUUCUAAAGGAACUGGACAAAGUAAAAGCAGAAAUGGCGCAGAAAGAAUCAGAAUUGAAAGAGUCAUUAGAAGAGAAAAGUACACGUGAUGAGGAGAUGCAGACCUUGAAAGAAGCAAACAGAGAACUGGUUGCAAACAUGAAAAGCAUUCACCAAGACAAACAUAAUAUUCUAAAGGAACUGGACAAAGUAAAAGCAGAAAUGGCGCAGAAAGAAUCAGAAUUGAAAGAGUCAUUAGAAGAGAAAAGUACACGUGAUGAGGAGAUCCGGACCUUGAGAGAAGCAAACAGUGAACUGGUUGCAAAUAUGAAAAGCGUUCACCAAGACAAACAGUAUCUUCUAAAGAAACUGGACAAAGUAAAAGCAGAAAUGGCGCAGAAAGAAUCAGAAUUGAAAGAGUCAUUAGAAGAGAAAAUUAAGUGUGAUGGCGAGCUACAGUCCUUGAAAGCAAAGGUUAGUGAAGCGGAUUCUCAUCUGAAGCGUAAUGAGCAAGAAAAACAUAAUUAUCUAAGUCAACUGGAUAAAGUCAAAGCAGAGAUGAUGGAAAGCAAAUCCGCAAUGGAAAAUAUACGGGAUGAAAAUCGGAAAAUGAAGGAGAACCAACAAAAAAAUGAACAAAUCAUUCAAGCUGUACAAAGUGAAAAAGACAAACUGGAUUCACAAUGCAAGGAUUUACAACUAGAAAAUGUGAAAAUGAAAGAAACCAUGAAUGUGAGGUUGGAAGAAAAAAAUAAUAAAUUUGACAAAGUAACAAAAGAGAACAUGCAAUUGAAAGCCUAUUGCUCAAAACAUGACAAGGAGCUGUCUUUAUUACGAGCAAGUAAGCGUGAAAUGGACUCCCAACUGGAAAGCAUUAAAAAAGAGAAAGAAAUCAUUCAAAAUAAACUGGUUGACGUCACAGCAGCAAUGACUAGAACAAAAUCAGAAUCGGAUAAGGCACAGAGAGAAGUCCAAAAACUAACAAACAUUUCAAGUUUAACGAACGAAAGACUGCAAAAUUUGAAACAAAGUCAUUACAAAUUGGAUUUAGAGAAGGAAAAUUUGCAGCAACAAAAUGCUAAAAUCGGACAAAGCCUCGAUGAGGAAAAAGUGAAGCUGACUAAUGUUAAAAAAGAACUAGAGAAAACACAAGAAGAGAACUGCAGAUUGAAAGUCGAUAGUGAAACAAAAAGUAAACAACUCGACGCAUUGAGCAGCCCAAAGAAAAAACAUGUUGUGCUUGGCCUACGUAGCGAACGAAGUGGAUUGGGCAAGUCUGUUGUUGACAUGGUAACAAGAGAACUGACAAGGCGCCUACAAGAGAGACUGGACAUGAGGAAACUUAAUCUGGCAGUUUCGUUUUCCUCAAACCCAUCCGAGGUUACUAACGGCUUACAAAUAGUGCUUUGUUUGAACAUGUCCAGGGUUGGUACCAAUAUCGCAGACACUCUGAAGGGGAUGAAAGCUGACAGAGACGUGUUUGUAAUGGUUCUUCACCAUACCAGCAAAGAAAACCUCUCAUCUCUCACUCCCACAAGCCAUCGUGUAACCGGAAGCGAAAUAAGACAAUUAGGUGGGAUCUUUGAUAUGGCAUUCAGUGGUGACGGCGGACUAUACGAGUGUGAUCUCAACAACUCUGCUGUCGAAAAAAUUGCUUCUAUUCUUAGAAAAUGUUUGAUAUUAUGA